AUGAUCAUCAAACAUAUCAUCAGUAGUGGUGUCAGGAAUAGAUGUCAUGGUAUCAUCGUGAGGGUCAAUAGGUCUGAUGUCGUUGCCCCACCUCUAUCAUCGUUCAGUAUCACAUCAGGUACACUUGGACAACAACGACAUCAUCGUCCAUCUGUCAUGUUCUCCGACUGUGUUACACAUUGUACAAACAACUCUUAUACAUACAGACUAUGUACUACUACUACCCAACAACAAACAAUUGUCGCUGCCAAGAAGGCAAACAACAGUGAUCACUUGGACUCCUUGGAGGACUCACUUGUGAAUCAUGAUCAAGAGGAGUUCAAGAGACUACCCAAGUUCUUCUGGGAGGUAAUCUUCUUUGCAUUUGGCGCCUUGUCCUACAGCGUCUACAGUGCCUACAACAAGUUCAGAGAGGACUUGAUCAUUGAGGACUUUGAGUGUAUAUUGAAUAACAUCGAUCCCCUGGAAAGGAAUGAAGCACUGGACAGGAUCUAUGGCAGGGCUAACAACUACGAAACAAUUGAGAGGAUGUUCAAGAAUGGCGUGGUCCAAGUGUUGGUCAAGGCAUUAGACGACUCUGAUCCAACCGUCCAGGCUAGUGCUAUCAGAACCCUUGAAAGGUUUAUCACAAUUGGAUAUGACGUGUUUGGUGAGGAGGCCGUCAAGCACAACGUUACCUCUGUUGUACUCAAGUCAAUGUUGGCAUCAGGAAUGAAUAGCGAUGCUGCCACAAACCUUUGGUUAUGUCUAGUGAGCAUCAAGUCGAACCAUGAGUACUUGUUAAACUCUGCCGACUUUAUCUCUGACCUCAACAAGCUAGCUCACUCUGAUAUGAAGCAAGUUGUCAUCCAGACUUUUAUAUUCAUGUUUGCCAAUCGUGACAACUAUACAUUGCUUCCAAAGCUCAAGCCAAUCAUUACAUACCUCCACAAGUCAAGAAACGAACUCAUCUCCAACUAUUGUGAGCAGUUCCUUGGUGUGUUGCGCGGUACUUUUAUCCCACCGGUCGGUUCAACAGCUUCUCGUAACAAGGAGUACAUUGACAACUCCUACAGAUUCCACGUAUCAUACAAUGCCUUCUUGAUACCACUCACCUAUUACUAUUGCUCUUAUCGAUGGUCUAGGCAUACCAACGAUGUGAUUUAUAGGAAUGCUAAAGGCAUGGCAGGCGGAAUAGCCAUACUCUUGGUUGGCACAUUGACAUCGAUCAGCUUGUAUCCUCAUUACUACACUUCGAUUGUCAAUGAUAAGAUCAAACGUGAUAUAUUACAUCAGCCAACAAUUGAGGCAGCUACAUCAUCAUUGACAUCAACAACAACAACAACAUCAACAGCAGUGACAAAUGAGACACCCAGUGCAUUCAAGAGCACAGCAAAGAAGGUGAUACUCUCACCCAGCUCACUGUUUGUUAUGAACCAGCUGUUCCCAAUGCUAAACUUUGGUAUCUUCUCCUAUGCAUGGAAGUCAGCACGAUAUAUCGCUCUUCCAUUCGCAAUGAUCGACGUACCAUACUUCUUUCAAUCCAAGUGA